AACUUUUUGGGAAAUUUGUAUCUGUUCUGUAGGUGGGAUUGCAAAUCGGCCUAAAAGGGGUCGUAAUUCGUUUGUGAAUUGGUGUUUUAGUAUUUAAUAGCGUACAGUCUAUUAGCAAUAUACGAUGAAGGUGAAGGAGUUGCAGAAGAUGGUGAAUGUGGCCUGGUCGCCGGCCCAGCAGGUCCCAAUCAUGCUGGCCGCUGGUACGGCAGCCCAGCAGCUGGACGCUUCUUUCAAUACGGCAGCUUCCCUUGAGCUGUACUCGAUUAAUUUGGCCGAUCCCAGCUACGAUCUAGAGCUGAAAGGCAGCCAACCGAGCACACACCGUUUUCACAAGCUGCUCUGGUCACCGUUGGCCGGUACAGCAGGAGAACCGGGAACUGCACCCAGCGGGCUCAUUACUGGAGGUUGCGAGAGUGGUGUGCUGCAGGUGUACAACGUGGCACAGCUAUUGGCCGGACAGAACGCACUCGUGGCACAGCAGGAAAAGCACCAGGGUGCGGUCCGAAGUCUCGACUACAACCCGUUCCAGCACAACCUGGUGGCGAGCGGUGCAUCCGAGUCGGAAAUCUUUAUCUGGGAUCUCAAUAACACGGCUGUCCCGAUGAGCCCCGGCGGGAAGGUAACACCGCACGAGGACGUGCAAGGGCUGGCAUGGAAUCGGCAGGUGCAGCACAUUCUCGCAUCGGUCUUCCCGUCCCGGUGUGUGAUUUGGGAUCUGCGAAAGAAUGAACCAAUCAUAAAGUUAAGUGAUACGCAGUCGCGGAUCCGCUGGAGGGUUGCCCAGUGGCAUCCGGACGUGGCCACCCAGCUAUGGCUUGCCAGCGAGGAAGAUCAAUCUCCGACGGUACAGCUAUGGGAUUUGCGUUACGCUACGGCGCCGGCCAAAAGUUUCCAGAUCCACCAGCGAGGCGUGCUGGGCUUGACCUGGUGCCAGAAGGAUCACGAUCUGGUGGCAUCGUGCGGGAAAGAUAAUCGGAUUAUCUGCUGGAACCAAAACACGGAGGAUCCGAACGGAGAGGUGCUGUCGGAGCUAGCCACAACGAACCAGUGGAACUUUGAUGUUGCAUGGUGCCCGCGGAAUCCGGCCCUCAUUGCCGGUUCCAGCUUUGACGGGAAUGUUACGAUCUACUCGAUCCACGGUGGAGUGCAUCAGCAGGUGCAGACGAGCAACAAGAUCGCAGAUUCUUUCCCGGGAAUGGAAAACAUUGGCCACGAACCGUCUCAGUCGGUUCCGGUACAAUCGCAGGGCGUUAGUAACGAUCUGAAGCGUCCUCCGUGCUGGAUGCGAAGGCCUUCCGGAGCGUGCUUUGGGUUCGGUGGAAAGUUAGUUACCUUCAACGGGAACAGCCGCACGGUCACGGUGAAUCAGGUAGUUACCGAUCCGGAGCUAAUGGAACGAUCGAACCAACUCGAACGAGUGCUGAAUGAGGGCAACUUCGUCGAAUACUGUCGCCAGAAGGCAGAUCAAACGACCGAUCAGCAUUCCACCUUCAUGUGGUACUUCCUGAAGGCUAAUUUUGAAAACGAUCCUCACGCCGAAAUGCUCAACCUGCUCGGAUAUCAAUCGGAUGAUAUGGCGAACAAGUUCAAGAAGUACACCGUCGAGGGACCGAAGAAUGAGGAUGCGAAUGCGGUAGAUGGACUCAGCGAUCAGAUGGCCGGUCUAAGCCGAAUCACGGAUAAUAAUGCGGUGUUCGACGCGAUCGCCGCCGGUGGCAAACAGUCCGAUUCAGAGAAAACCUCCACCGCCAAACAGAAUGGAACCGGCGGCGAAAUUCCGUACAAAAUUCGGACCGGUCAGGAUAAGGAGGGACUGAUCUGUGAAGCACUGCUCACCGGAAAUCUGGAGGCGGCGAUCGAGUUGUGCAUGCAGACCGGCAAGACGAGCGAAGCGUUGAUACUGGCCAUGAACAGUGGCUCCGAUUUGUUGGCCAAGGUGCAAUACCGCUAUCUGCACGACAAUGAAAACUAUCUGUCGAACUUAAUCUCCGCGUUAGUGUUGUGCGACUGGACCGGUGUCGUAUCGCAGUGUACAAUCGACUCGUGGAAGGAAGCGCUAGUGGCGGCCAUUACACACUGCAAGCACCAGAUGCCGUUGCUUUGUGAUCGUUUGGGCGAACGGCUUCAAAAGGAAGCUGGCAGCAAUGUGGAACUGGCACGGAAUGCAAUUUUGUGCUACAUUUGCGCCGGAAGUACCGAACGAUUGGUAGAAGCGUGGCCACUAUCCAAGGGUACACAGCCGUCAGGAGGUGAUUUUGCCGGAGAGGAAGAGUUGGAUAAAAAUAAUAACAGCAAUCGGGACCUCCAAGAAUUGGUGGAGGUGUCGAUGCUGCUGCAAAAGGCUCUGGAAAAACAGGGACGUUCUACUCCGGCCGUUGGAAAGUUGGCCGAUCUGUUGUCCCAGUAUGCGAGCUUGCUGGCUGCCCAAGGAUCGCUUUCAUCCGCGUUAACCUAUCUGGGCAACUCGACCGAUCCAGAGAUGGAGGAAUUGCGCGACCGUCUUUAUUAUGCGCUGGGACACAAAACUUACACGCCGGUGGGUACUGCAAGGUCCCAGUAUGCAUCGCAGCAGCAACCACCCUUCAAUCCGAUGUUCCCCACGAUCGGUCAAGCGGCGAAGAUGAAGUCAUACGGGCAGCCGGUACAAUCGGUACCGGUACCGACGCUCAACACUGCUUCCACCAUGCCCCAGCAACCUAGCUGGUCGACCUCUCCCUUCCAACAGCCCCCGAUGGGAAUGGCACCAGUAGCGAAUCCGGUUGCUGCGCCACCCUUAGCCACAAAGCCCCCGGUGGGUCCGCCUCCGGUCGCCACCAACAACGAUCUUACCCAACCUCCUCGUCCAUCAAGCGUUAGUUCCCAAUCGGGCGGCAGCACGCUCAGUCGGGCUAAGUACGUUCUGGACCCAUCGGUUACAUCCGGUUCGAACUAUGGACAGCAAAGCUCGAACUUUUACAACCCCAUGGCCUACCAGCAUCCGCAGCAGCAGCCAAACGUACCGGCUGGUGGAGUGAUUAAUCAGCCACCGCAGCAGCAACCGAGCUUCUACAAUCCGGCGAAUGCACCGGGUCAGACAAACAACUUCAAACCUUUCACACCGGCACCGCUUGUGCAGACUUCUCCGUACAUUCCCGGCAUUUCCUCGCUGGAUGUCAGCCAGCAGCAACAGCAGCCUGGUAUGGGAUAUCCGCCUCCACCACCGCAAGGCGCCGCACCACCCAUGGGAAAUGUUCAGCGUAAUCCAACGCCCCCGCCUGGUUGGAACGAUCCACCGGCACUGAAAACUACCAGCAGGCCACAAUAUUGCGAACAGUACGAAAUGUCCGCCGUCCAUGCAGGCACCCGACGCUGGCGCCGCAUUAUCGAUUCGCACUCGAACGAUCAUUCGAAUCGCUCUUCGCCACAGCAGCCGAAAGUUGAACCGAAUGCUAUGGCCCCGAUCACGUCACCGCUUCCGGCUGGUUUGGCACCGUCGAACGGAUACCCGGACCCGAACAGUAACUACAUGCAGGGAAACACUGGCCAGCAAGGUUACAUGGCGCCACAGCCAACGAUGUACAAUCCGACGAUGGGUGGUGGCCCAGCGCCGAACGCAGCCGGACUUCCGCCACAGUCGAACACGAUCAAUUAUCAAAACUUCCAGCAAACGCUACCGACGGCAUACCAACCGACCGGUCCGACACCACAGGGACAGGGUGGCAUGUACUAUCCGGGCCAGCAAACGGUGGGACAGCCGAUGGAUGGAGCGCAACCGGCCAUGCAACCGGCGGUGCCGGAACCACCGAAGCAGAAGCCACCACUACCGGAGCAGUACGUGUUUAUGCAGACAGUAUUUGAGGAGCUGAAGAAGCAGUGUGUAGCAUCGGCGGGAAAUCCGCAAACGAAACGAAAGCUGGAAGAUGUCUCGAAAAGGCUAGAAAUGUUGUACGAUUUAUUGCGGGAGAAUAGGCUCUCACAAAACACGCUCAACGCACUGAACCAGCUGGUGGCCCUGAUACAGGCCGGCGAUUACGCCAACGGUAUCGGGCUCCACACACAGAUGGUAUCCGGGCCGGACUUCUCCCAGAUCGCUAGCUUCAUGCCGGGCAUUAAGGUGUUGCUGCAGUCCGCAAUGCAACUGCAGGUGUACCUCCGAUAGGCUGGGGGGUUGCGGUUUGCCGUGUUUCGUUUGGUGCAUUUGUUUUUCGUGCGGACGUGGAAGAAGAAUCGUGUUUAAUUUGUUAGCACAUCAACGAGUCAAAUCUGACGAUGGCGAGGUCGAAGCGAGUACCGAGGGAGGCGAGUUAGUACAUUAAUGCAAUUGAUACAUAAUAGGAACGAUGAAUACGUGUAUAAUCCCGUGCUACUGUUUAGUUUUUGAUAACGAAAUGAAUAAACCUAUCUAUUUACAUCGCUAUGGUUUAAUAUACAUAUAUAUAGCUAUCGACAGUAUAA